AUGCCUUUUGCUCCUCCCCACAAAGCACAUCAAACAUUCCUCCACCCCCGCAACAAUCAAUCAAUCUCAAUUCCAUCCAUCCAACAGCAAUCCAGCACUGGCACCGACGACCAACCGCCGACGACCGACGGCCGACAACCAACGACGCACCCUGCGCUGCAUCCCUUCACCAUGGCCGUCGACGCACCCAGCAUGCCGGCGGCCAACUGCAACGGGCCAGCCGGCGCGGCAGCCUCCACCGCCGGAAGCAUAGUCAAGCCGGACGUCAAGACCGGGUGUUGCAAGUGCGGCGACGCCGAGUGCUGCUGCAUCCCCUGCGUCAUCCUGUGA